GCUCCUGCAGGCGUGCGACGUCAUCGCAGUUGCGAAAAGUACACGCUACGUCGGGAAGGCACCCUGGCGAGGCUUUCACCUGGGGUGCGGGGCCAGAAGCAAGCGCUUAGUUGGCCGGGAGGCAUCGAGAGCCGCAAAGGAGAAUUUCCUUUUGGACACAUAAGCACUUUGGACGAUGGUCGCAACGACUAUGCGUUCACGGCUAUACGGAAAUUGCGUCGGUGAGGGAGCUCAGGGCGCUAGUCACGCGUUUCGGAUACAAUCUCGCGUCUGUAAUCAAACGCCCCUUUCGAAACUCCGACUCACAUAGCAACAACCGCACAUUGCCCAGGUGGCUCCACAAACAAGACAAGUGCUUGAUAACCCACCACCGCUCCGUAAAUGCCUAGGAUUCGAAAACACCGAAUCUCACUGCUGAUAAGGAGUCUAACGACUGCGACGGCUUUGCACCUACCACCCCUGUCAACCACCAUGGACACGCCCAACUCCCCACCCGCACGCUCAACCUCGCCCGACCCAUGGGCGACCCCAUCUCUGGCCAUCGGCGCAAUUCCGCCCCUGGACCGUUCCGUCUCAACAGCCUCGUCCGUCUCGUCGGCGCGCUCAGUGAGCUCGCGUCUGUCCGCUGGCGGCACUCGACGUGGAUACAUGCGGCCGGAGGGCACAGAGUUCUCCACGUCGGCCAAGAACAGAGAGAGCGUCAUGAACCUGGGCACCAUCGCACAUCUGCAGUACUACUUUGCGAGGACCGGCCUGCUCGACACGGCCACUGGACGCGUCGCCAAAGGCCGCAAGCCUGGCUCGCGGACAGCGAGCGGCAACGAACCACUCUCGCCUGGCCUCGAUGCCGACUUCUCGUCGCUGUCCCUUGCAUCCCCGGACGGCAUGUCUGAACAUAAUUUUGGAGAGGGCUUUGUUGAGUCGCCGCUCGACGAGACGGCCUCGAUGGCAUGGGAAGACCCCGAGCCCAUGAUGCUCCCACCCACCGUCAGCACCUACAAGAACAACCCCGUCUACGUCCCACCGCCACCUGACAUGACCGUCCUUCGCCGCGAACUUCGCGAGUCGCUUGCUGAGUCUACGAAGCAUCUCGACGAGCUGGAGAAGGGCUUUUCUGAUGUCCAGCCAGACGGAAAGACGGCGAAAAAUGGCGGGGAAGAAGCUUCGGGCUGGCACGAGGUUCAAGGCAUCAAUCUGUUGGAUGUCACCACCCUAGCGAUCCGCGCCGCGAAGAACUACUACACCGCACACGAAGAACCACAACGACUGUAUGCCAUCAAACCAGAACGGACAAUUCGAAAGGAACUAUACGAUACUCUCGAGGUUCUGAAGCGCCUCGCUAUUCGCAACUUUGGAAACGGUGUGCAGCCCUACGAAGUCACCCAACUAAGGCAAUGGGUGGUCGACAUUAGCACACUGCUUGAUACCGAAGAGGAGAAGGAGCGCGUGGAACAAGAAGAGAGAGAGAACUGGUCGUGGCGCGAGGGUGACUGGACGGGCAAAGAACGCGAGAGGGAACUCCUCUUCCUCAAGUCGUUCGACACCAGUCUCGACGCGCUUCCCGAGUGGACCAGCGCUGCCGACGCUAAGCUCCCAACGCCCUUCCUUGCUGAACUACAAAACGGCCUGCGACUAGUCCAUCUCCACAACACUCUCGUCCGAAGGUCAAAACGACACUUUGAAGAGAUCAAGACGUACCACACCGAUACGGCCAAGCCAUACCGCUGCGCCGACAACCUGCGCUACUGGGUCAAAGCCGCGGAACUGCGCUGGGACAUCAAGCUCGACGUUGAUGUCAUGGGCGUGGUCCACGGCGAAGACGCAGAAGCGUGGAAGAAGUUCGACGCUGCCAUUCUGCAAUGGAGCCAGGGCGUUCGUGAGGAAAUCACGUCCGAAUGGCAAAAGCAGAAGAACCAAACGAGAACCCCUACACUACAGAUCGACCCGAACUACGAGGCGCUGUGAAGUGGCCAUUGCGGCAAACAACUAUGGAUCUCGAUCUAUUUCAUUUCAUGUCCAUGUUUUGACACAUCACCUUUAUCUAAUUUGCACGAAGCUUAUGCCCCCCGAAUCUCAACUCCACACCACAGAAUUUCUUGAAGAGUAUUCCCUGGUUGGAAACAGGGCUCUUUUACCAUUCCGCUCAGAGUGCGCCGACAGGUGGCGACUUGAGAUAGAUACCCCUUUUGCAUGAACGACUUGCAGUCCUAUAGUGUUAGAUACAGACAAGUCGAAUGUAAAUAAUGUCUACAUAUAUAUUAUAACAAGAGUCACCAGACACCCAUGGCCCCGUCAAUGUCCCUGCCCUUGGAACAUGAGGAGACGAGAGCGACCAGAAGG